GGCAGUUUUCCCAUCCCAAUGCUGUUUCAUACGCACAAAGCCCUAAAUGGCGGAUUCAGAAGUGGAAGAACAGAGAACAAAAAUGGCGGAAAAUACCAAAAUACUCCAAAUCUAUGAGCUUCAGUAUUCCGACCUGUUGCUCCUGUCUUCUCCUUACCAUUCUUCAUCUUCACUGCAAGAGGACGAACGGAUUGAAUCCAUUACCAAAUCUAUACUUGAAGCCCUAGGCCCCAAUGGACCUGGCCUUCUUGCAGUCACCGGCGUCCCUAAUUCUUCUGUUCUCCGGCGAGCAUUACUUCCUCUCGCUCGCAAGCUCGCCUUGCUCAAUCCUGAUCAUCGCAAACGGAUACUUAAGGAUCAUAACUUAGGGAGUGAUGUUCCCUUGAGGAAUCCAGAAAGAAGCGUCUCCUCUUUUGCAAUGCAACUCAAAUAUACAGAGAGUAAAAAAUUCAUGCAGAAUAAUCAAAGCCAGAGAGGGGAUGAACAGUCACUUGGUUCACAACUUGAUUUUUUUUGUGAUUCAAUCGAGAAGGAAUUUCAGGACAAUGAAUUUAAACAUCUUGGUGAUUCAUUUAAAGAGUUGGGAAGUUGCAUGAUGGAACUGGGGCUUCGCAUUGCACGUAUAUGUGAUCAGGAAAUCGGUGGUCGAGAGUUAGAACAGAGCUUGUUAGAGUCAUGCACUGCCAAAGGCCGUCUCAUACACUACCAUUCUGCUCUGGAUGCUCAGCUUUUAAGAAAACCAGCAAAUAGCAAAGGAACUGCAAGAAACCAAGCUAGUUCUAGAAGAAAUAGAGAACAACGCAUAGAAAGUAGACAUGAGACAUCCGAUAGUAAUGGACUAUGUCAAUCGAAUACAAAUCUAUGGCAGCAAUGGCAUUAUGACUAUGGUAUCUUCACUGUUCUAACAACGCCCAUGUUUCUUUUGCCAUCAAAUACACUCGAAACUGGAGCACAAGAUCUAUGUUGCUAUAGCGAGUGUACUUCUCCCAGUGGGCAUUUGUAUUUGCAGAUUUUUGAUCCGUGUAAGAACGAUGUUUUCAUGGUUAACUCCCCACCAGAAAGCUUUAUCAUCCAGGUGGGCGAAUCGGCUGAUAUUAUAUCGCAAGGAAAGCUUCGAUCCACUCUUCACUCUGUGUGCAGACCUUCUAAGCAAGAGGACUUGUGCAGAGAAAUGUAUGUUGUAUUCUUGCAGCCAGCUUGGAACAAAACAUUUUCAAUGUCUGGCCAUCCCACUGAAAGCUCAAUGUUGUCCGAGGAUAGGAAAGUACUUGUUGAAAAGGAAGAUAGGGUAAUAACUCGAGAAAUCCAGAAAAUAGUUCCGCCGUUAGCGUCCAGAUUGAAGGAAGGGAUGACAUUUGCGGAGUUCUCACGUGAAACCACCAAGCAAUAUUACGGAGGAAGUGGUUUGCAAUCCAACAGAUGAUUUGGUUCUUCAGUUAAGAGCUAAGUUUUCUCCGCAAAAGUUAACUUUAUCAUCAUCAUCAUUAUUAUUUUAAUCUUACCGCCCAACCCACCGGUUAACAUUAGCUGAUCGAUGAAAUUUUCUUACUGCAUGGUCUUUUAUCCAAGUUCUAUAUUUUAACUGCUAAGAGUCGUGAAUUUAGUCUAAUGUGGAUAGAUCCUGAAAUUUGCUUCUAAAAGAUACAAGCAGAUCCAUGGUUUUUCAGUUAUACUCUUUUGAUCUCACUCUUUUUCUCUAAAUGAGAUAAGAGUUCAAAAUCUGAGCAAAUCAAGACUGUUUAGAAAAUAACAGAAGGAUCCAAUAGGAAAAGAAAAGUGGUGGUAGGAAUAGCUUUGCCCUGGCAAGUAAACAUCAGAAAGCCAUGCUAAGGAUUAAAACUGAAGUGAUAUUUUGAUAUAUCAAGGAUCAAAAUUAACAAAACUAGCCUUAAAAUAAAGCAUUGAUUUGUAUACAAAAAAUCCUCCUGCAUUGGCUGUGAAAUAGACCAU